GUCUUGUGCGCCCAGAUUCGCGCAAACCAGAAGCGGAUCCCGUGGAGUGACGGUCACACCGCAGCGGAUUGAUUUCUAAAGACUCUUGGUCCAUGAAGAGAAACCCGGAAGAGGAAGAGGAAAGCAGAGGAGUCAGGGAUGGCUCCUCCUCAGGGUCUACUGACAUUCAGGGAUGUGGCCAUAGAAUUCUCUCAGGAGGAGUGGAAAUGUCUGGACCCUGCUCAGAGGACUUUAUACAGAGACGUGAUGCUGGAGAAUUAUAGGAACCUGGUCUCCCUGGAUAUCUCUUCCAAAUGCAUGUUGAAGACAUUGUCAUCAACAGGGAAAGGCAAUACAGAAGUGAUCCUCACCGGGACAUUGCAAAGACAAGCAAAUGAUCACAUUGGAGAAUUUUGCCUACAUGAAAUUGAGAAAGACAUUCAUGACUUCGAGUUGCAGUGGAAAGAAGAUGAAACAAAUGGCCAUGCAGCACCCAUGAUGGAAAUCAAAGAGUUGACUGGUAAUACAGACCGACAUGAUCAAAGGCAUUCUGCAAACAAGGCUAUUAAAGAUCAGCUUGGAUCAAGCUUUCAUUCACAUCUGCCUGAACUGCACAUAUUUCAGCCUGAAGGGAAAAUUGAUAAUCAAGUUGAGAAAUCUAUCAACAAUGCUUCCUCGGUUUCAACAGCCCAAAGAAUUUCUGAUAGGCCCAAAACCCUUAUUUCUAGUAAGUAUGGAAAUAAUUCCCUCCAUUCUUCAUUACCCACACAAAAAUGGGAAGUACACAUGAGAGAAAAAUCUUUCGAAUGUAUUGAGAGUUUCAAAUCCUUUAAUUGUAGCUCACUCUUAAAAAAACACCAGAUAAUUCACUUAGAAGAGAAACAAUGUAAAUGUGAUGUAUGUGGGAAGGUCUUUAAUCAGAAGCGAUACCUUGCAUGCCAUCGUAGAUGUCACACUGGUGAGAAACCUUACAAGUGUAAUGAGUGUGGCAAGACCUUUGGUCACAAUUCAUCGCUCUUCAUUCACAAAGCACUUCAUACUGGAGAGAAACCUUAUGAAUGUGAAGAAUGUGAGAAAGUUUUCAGUCGCAAAUCACACCUUGAAAGACACAAGAGGAUUCAUACUGGAGAGAAACCAUACAAAUGUAAGGUUUGUGAUGAGGCUUUCGUGUAUAAUUCAUAUCUGGCAAAGCAUACUGUACUUCACACUGGAGAGAAACCUUACACAUGUAAUGAAUGUGGCAAGGUUUUUAAUCGACUAUCAACCCUUGUGCGCCAUCGUAGACUUCAUACUGGAGAGAAACCUUACAAAUGUGAAGAAUGUGACAAAGUUUUCAGUCGCAGAUCACACCUUGAAAGACAUAGGAGGAUUCAUAGUGGAGAGAAACCAUACAAAUGUAAGGUUUGUGACAAGGCUUUCCAGAGGGAUUCACACCUGGCACAACAUCAGAGAGUUCACACUGGAGAGAAACCUUACAAGUGUACUGAGUGUGGCAAGACCUUCCGUCAGACAUCAUCCCUUAUAAUCCAUCGUAGGCUUCAUACUGGAGAGAAGCCUUACAAGUGUAAUGAGUGUGGCAAGACCUUCAGUCAGAUGUCAUCCCUUGUAUACCAUCAUAGACUUCAUAGUGCAGAGAAAUCUGAAUAGUCUAAUGAGUGUGGCAACACCUUCCAUCACCAUUCAACCCUUGUAAAUCACAGGGCCAUUCAUACUGGAGAGAAACCUUACAAGCAUAAUGAAUGUUUCAAGGUUUUUAAUUAAAAAGCACCCCUUGCACAUCAUCAUAGACUUCAUACUGGAGAGAAACCUUACAAAUGGGAGGAAUGUGACAACGUGUUCAGUCAUAAAUCAAACCUUGAAACACAUAAGAAGAUUGACACUGAAGAGAAACCAUACAGAUAUAAAGUUUGUGACAAGGUUUUUGCAUAUAAUUCAUACCUGGCAAAACAUACUAGAAUUCACACUGGAGAGAAACCUUAGAAGUGUAAUGAGUGUGGCAAGACCUUGGGUCAAAAUUCACACCUUGUAAUUCACACUGGAGAGAAACCUUACAAGUCUAAUGAAUGUGGCAUGGUUUUUAAUCAACAAUCACACCUUGCAAGUCAUCACAGACUUCAUGCUGCAGAGAAAUCUUACAAACAUGAACAAUGUGACAAAGUUCAGUCGCAAAACCAGCUUCAAAUACGUAGGAUAAUU